UUUAAACUGUUCCCAGCAUUCCUGCGCUCGGUCCGUUCGACCUCCACCCGCCGCCGGAGCCGCCUCUGCUCGUCGGCCGCAACCGUGGAGAGCCAUCCCGAUGGAGGAUAUAGAGGACUUGGUGGGCGCCGGAGCUCCGCCCGGGCUCCGCCUUCCUGUAACCGCCGUCGGCAUCAAACCUAAGAGGAAGCCGAAAGCUCGCCUCGUGCGUGACCCCGUCGACCCCGGCCCGCAGGUUCCGGGCACACAGACGAUAUAUGUGAAGACGUUCGGGUGUUCGCACAAUCAGAGCGACAGUGAAUAUAUGGCUGGUCAGCUAUCCGCCUUUGGCUAUGCAGUGACCGAGGACCCCCAGCAGGCAGACUUAUGGCUGAUUAAUACAUGCACUGUGAAGUCUCCUAGUCAGUCUGCCAUGACGACUCUCAUAUCAAAGUGUAAAACUGCAAAAAAACCUCUGGUGGUGGCAGGAUGUGUUCCUCAGGGAAGUCGAGACCUGAAGGAGCUUGAAGGCAUUAGCAUAAUCGGAGUACAACAAAUAGAUCGUGUUGUUGAGGUUGUAGAGGAGACGCUCAAAGGCCAUGAGGUGCGGCUUUUAAGCCGGAAAACAUUGCCAUCACUAGACCUUCCUAAGGUGAGGAAGAACAAGUUUAUUGAAAUUCUUCCAAUAAAUGUUGGAUGUUUAGGUGCUUGUACUUAUUGCAAGACAAAGCAUGCUCGUGGUCAUCUUGGAAGCUACAUGGUUGAAAGCCUUGUAGAACGUGUAAGAACAGUUAUCUCUGAGGGAGUCAAGGAGAUCUGGUUGAGCAGUGAAGACACUGGUGCAUAUGGUCGGGAUAUUGGAACAAAUCUUCCACUUCUUCUGAACGCUAUUAUCGCAGAACUUCCUCCUGAUAGAAGUACCAUGCUUCGCAUUGGCAUGACUAAUCCACCUUAUAUACUUGAGCAUUUGAAAGACAUUGCUAAAGUUUUGUGUCACCCAUGUGUAUAUUCGUUUUUACAUGUACCUGUUCAAUCUGGGAGUGAUUCUGUCCUAACAGCAAUGAAUCGUGAAUACAAUGUCAAUGAGUUCAGAAAAGUGGUUGACACUCUGAAGGAACUUGUUCCUGGGAUGCAAAUUGCUACCGACAUAAUAUGUGGAUUCCCAGGUGAAACUGAUGAAGAUUUUGCACAAACUGUCAGUCUUAUAAAAGAGUACCAGUUUGCUCAAGUUCAUAUAUCACAGUUUUAUCCCCGACCAGGAACACCUGCUGCAAGAUUGAAGAAAGUCCCCAGCACAGUGGUGAAGAAUCGCAGUCGUGAACUAACCACUGUUUUUGAGUCAUUUUCACCAUACCAGGGAAUGGAAGGUCAAAUUGUGAGGAUAUGGAUUACCGAAAUUGCUACUGAUGGAAUUCAUUUGGUGGGCCAUACCAAGGGAUACAUCCAAGUGCUUGUGGUUGCUCCCGAGAGUAUGUUGGGGACCUCAGUCAAUUCAAAGAUCACAUCUGUUGGAAGGUGGUCUGCUUUUGGUGAAGUAAUUGACACCCCAGCUAUGGUAAAUAAAGGCACACACCCAGAGAACCCUAAAGUGGGAUCUUCUCUUCACUCCAAUUCAUGCAACAGUUGUGAGUGCUCAAGGGAUCCUGAACCCUGCCAGUGUCGUCUCCCGGAAUCAUGUGUUCAGCAAACCUGUACCGCCAGCCAUGUAGAUCCUAUCGACAUUGUUAUGGAUCGAAAUCACACGGGGAGAAAUUUUAUUGGCUCAAUUCAGUCUCUGCUGGUGCGGAAAAGAUCAUGCGGACCAGAGAAGAAAAGCGAGGGUAACACAUUUAAGUCAUCAAACGACCAUCAAACAGAAGGAACCAGAAGAAAAUUAGUUGCCGUGGAUUAUAUGUUGCUGAGUGGAAUGGCACUUAGCUUUCUCACCAGUGUAGUUUUGCUAAUUUUGAUUUCCUCAAAGAUGAUGUCCUGACAAAGAGAUUAAGGUGUCAAUUUUGUAUGGCUGUAUGCUUUGCUAAUGCUACGUCCAUCUUCCUCGAGCC